CGUAAAACUACAUCCGGGUACCAGAAACAAACGAUGCAGCGGUGUUGGUGGAACUCCCUUCACCGAGCCUGAUCUGGAACCAUGUUGACCCCGCCAAAGGAGGGGGCUCCCUCCAUGAUCGAUAAAGCGCUGAGGUUGAGAAGAGAGGAGCAGGCGCGACAGGUCGUCUUGGCCUGGGCCGUUCUCAACGUGUCCUUAGCUGGAAUGAUUUACACUGAAAUGUGUGGGAAGCUGCUGAGCCGAUACUACAACAUCACCUACUGGCCCAUCUGGUACAUCGAACUGGUCCUAGCCUCUCUCUUUAGUCUCAACGCCCUUUUUGACUUCUGGAAAUAUUUUAAGUACACGAUGGCCCCAUCCACCAUCGCCGUGACCCCGGAGCAGCAUCGCCUUUUGGGACUGAGAAACACAAUUGUCCGAGCUUCUCCGCCCCAAAUGCCAGAAAAGAAGGAAACCCCCGUUCCAGCCCAAUCGUCCCCCCUGCAGGGCCAGAGUGUCCUGAGCUUCAGUCCCUCUCGGACUCCUUCAAGCAGCCCCAAAUUCUCCCCCAGCUGUGUAACGGGAUACAGCCCGUCUCUCAGUGGCCCUUCCACACCCAGCAGUGCAGGAAAUCCUUUUUCUUCCCCGGGAGCUUUUGGGAAGGUGCUGAGCUACAGCGCGUCUUCGGGCUCUUCUCCUUUCCCGAAAACUGUCGGGUCGGCAGAAGGUUCCAGCCUGAGGGCUCGGUAUCGCACGUCUCCUUCGGUGUUUAACUCCCCUGGAAGCAAAGAGGAUUACAUGGAGGAUCUGAAAAGCCUGGAGAGGUUUCUGCACACAGAGGAGGAGAAGAGCCACCGCAGCCAGCUGGGGAGUCCAGAGUCUGUGUCUCCGAAUCACAGCCCAACUUUCUGGAACUACAACCGUUCGGUGGGGGAUUAUGCGCAGAGUUUGAGGAAAUUCCUCUACCAGCCGGCGUGCCGCUCCCAAGCGCCAUCGGCCCACAAAGACGACACGGACCUGGGAUCCAAACAGGCUGCAGAGGAGGUGUGGGCCAGAAUCACCACAAGUCGUGCAGUAAUGGACCGGAUCGACAGCUGGACAGCCAAACUCCGAAACUGGAUCAGUGACACCAUCUUGGACCCUCUAGUGAAGGAAAUGGACUCUGUCAACAGUCAGCUGAGGAGGAUGGGCUGUCCAGAGCUGCAGAUCGGAGAGGCCAGUAUAAGCAGCCUGAAACAGGCAGCGGUGAUGAAGGCCUCCUCCAUCCCGACUCUGACCUCCAUCGUCCAGUACUUGGACAUAACCCCCAACCAAGAAUACCUAGUGGACCGGAUAAAAGAGUUGGCUCACAGUGGAUGUAUGAGCUCCUUUCGAUGGAAUGGAGGCGGUGACCUGAAGAACAGGAAGUGGGAUACCGACCUUCCCACCGACUGCGCUGUCUUGAUGCAUGUCUUCUGCACUUACUUGGACUCGAGAUUGCCCCCACAUCCCAAGUACCCUGACGGGAAAACGUUUACUUCGCAGCACUUCCGCCACACUCCGGACAAGCCUGACGUCACCAAGGAGAACGUCUUCUGCAUCCACCAAAGCAGCACCUCUCCUCCACACUACCAGCUCAUAUACCAGGGACACAUUUACAGUCUUCCAAAGGGCAGGAACAACCUGUUUCACACAGUCCUCAUGUUCCUCUACGUCAUUAAGACCAAAGAAUCGGGAAUGUUGGGGAGGGUAAAUCUGGGCCUUUCUGGUGUGAAUAUCCUGUGGAUAUUUGAAGAGUGAUGUAAGAUCAGCCUACAGCUGUUUGGUUCCUCAAAGCCAGAGUCAGUGACUUUCUGAGGCACAUUGGGAAAAAAUCAUAUUUGGAAAGUACAAACUGCAUGUUUUUAAGGAUGCACAGAUCUGUCGACGACCCAAAAGCCUCAUUGAUAUUUUAUUAUUUUAUAUGGCAAAGUUCUUCGGAUACAACCCUUUAUUUUAUACUCAUUGGAAUGUACCAGCAUAGCAGCCUUUUAAAGUAAGAUGUGUCUGAUCAGCUGUUAAGGGCUCAGAUCCAUCAGCUUGAAUGUAGAUACAAAAUACAGGUGUUUUGUUUUGUUUUACGUUAGACCGCAGCCACUUCCUGCUUUUUUGUAAGAAUAAAUGCCUACAACAAUAAAAGCCUUGAUCUUUGCUUGAAUUAACCUGGAUGAAAAUGGAUUGGAUUGAUUUAUAAAAGAUUUUUCUUCAUUAUUAAAAUUGUUACAGUACUUAAAGUAAUUGUGUACAAGUGAAGAUAGAAAGUUUUUCUGUGUUUUGAGGUAUUUUUUAAAAUCCUCAUCUUUUUUAUAUAAAUAAGGAAGCCUUGAUUUAAUUUUUGCCCGUUGCUGGUUACAACUGAAACCUGUAAAGUUAUAGAUAACCUUGGUGUUUGAAUUUUUUGGAAAGAUGUGGAAAUAAAAUCUUUGUGUGAACA